GGGCGGGCCGGGCCGGGCGGCCAAUGGCGGCAUUGCGCGGCGCCGUUUGGAUUCAAAGGCGCUAUAGAGGCGCUAUAAAGGCGCUGUACCGGCGCUGUAUUGGCGCUGCCCGCCCGCCGUGGCCAUGGCCAACGCGUCGCAGUGCCUGGAGGAGGGCGCCGGGCAAUGGCCGCCGCAGCCGGCCGGGCCGUACAGCGAGGCGCAGCGGCUGGCGCUGGAGGAGCUGGUGGCGGGCGGCCCCGAGGCGCUGCGGGCCUUCCUGCGGCGGGAGCGGCUGCCGCCCUUCCUGUCGGAGCCCGAGGUGCAGGCCAUCGCGCGGGGCGCCGUGCCGCCCAACGCGGCCGAGGAGGCGGCGGCCGAGGCGUCGCUGGACGCGUCGUCGCUCACCUACUUCCCCGAGCGCUCGGAUGCGGAGCCGCCGGCGCUGGAGCUGGGCUGGCCGGGCUUCGGCAGCGGCGCGUUCCGCGGGCUGACGCGGGUGGAGGCGCACUUCCAGCCGGGCGGCGGGGACAGCCCGUACGGCUGCAAGGAGGCGGUGCGGCGGCAGAUCCGAUCCGCGCGGCAGGUGAUUGCCCUUGUUAUGGAUUCCUUCACAGAUAUCGAUAUCUUCAGUGACCUUCAGAACGCCUACAGCAAGCGCCUGGUCCCUGUCUAUAUCCUUCUUGAUCAGGACUUUCUGCCCUAUUUCUUGGAGAUGUGCAAAAACUUGGGUGUCUGUCCUGAGAAGGAGAAUAUGUUGAGGGUUCGAACUCUCACUGGGAACAUCUAUUACACGAGAUCAGGUGCCAAAAUUAUUGGGAAAGUCCAUGAAAAAUUCAUGUUGAUUGAUGGCAUUAGAGUGACAACAGGCUCCUACAGUUUCACGUGGACUGACGGGAAGCUGAACAGCAGUAACUUGCUGCUAUUGUCAGGUCAAGUGGUUGAACACUUUGACCUGCAGUUUCGAAUUCUUUAUGCCCAGUCAAAUCCUAUCAAUCCUGAAUGCCGAUCAAGCUGUAGGAACAGUGGUAUAUUUGAUCACCUGGAGAAAAGAAUAGAGUCCUCUAAAGAAUACACUGUGGAGGGCAAUUUGAGGGCAGAAUUUGCCAGGUUGUCUAGUACUCCAAAAAAACUGUUAGAAGAUCUAGAUGUGGCUGAAGAUGCUCCUGGAGGCAAACCUUGUAACCUGGGACAUCUUCACAUGAGUAACGAGUGGCUCAGCGACCCAGAGGUGGGACAAAAGAAUGCAUCAACUCAGACUGGCUCAUGGGAAGCGCAGCCUGCAGUGGCCAUGUGUAACGUCGGCAUGCAGACCAAUGUUUUAACAGAAGAAGCUGACACUCAAACUUCAGUUGCUACAAGAACGACCGGGACUCAGACUACAGUUCUGCUGAAGGCUGCGGUGACACAGACAAGGGAAGAUGAGUAUGUGGAAACCCCUCUGCUUUCCAGGAAGUUUUCCAAAGAAGAAUCUUUUCUACCUGGAAAGUCUUCAUCAAAUUCUAGUCUGCGAUCUCUAUCUUCAUCAUCAUCCCAGAUGUCUCGCACAAGCUCUACCAGCUCGUUGUCUUCUCUCCGGUCCUUUGAAUACCCCAACAUUCACAGGGCACAGUACUUCCAAAAACUGCACAAGGAGAGGCAGUUCCACUACUCCACCAUUAGAUCCAAGCUCAGCCACAUGGUGGAUAUCUUGUCCUGGAGGAGACACGUUCCUGAAAGCUACAUGAACCACUACAGGGGAAGGUACAACCUGAAGUAGAGGUGAAACAUCAGUGCCAGCCUGCAACAGCCCCCGGGAUGUUUCACUCCUCUAGGAGUAAAUGACUGUUGCACUGAAUACAGAGCAUGAAAGCUCUGGUCGCAAAAUGCAAUCACUUUAUAUCUGCUGAUUCUUCUAAUUCCUUUUGGUACUUUUAUCCUUCUUAAUACACGUGCACAUCACUUUCCAGCACUUUGUUUUACACUAUGCAAUUUAAGCAAUGAGGUUUUUCAUGUGUACUGUAACCACUUGCAUGUGCCCCUUAUAAGCAUCAGUGGUAUAGGUUUACUGUACUUAUGGAUAUUUGACUUAGAAAGUAUUUGUUUUGUUUUUAGGAUUGCUAUGGCUUUAAGUUCUCAGAAUGGCAAUAUCAACAUUUAUUUCCCCUUCUUAAUAAUGGCUUUUAUUUCCACUACUGUAUUUCCUGCUCUGUCUCUAUUUUAUCCAUUAAUAAUGUGGUUUGGGGAACCUGAGAGCCCCUAGAGCUUCUGAAAAUACCUUCAACACUACAUGGGCUGUGGGUUAAGUCAACUGGCAGAGACACUGCAGCAGGUGUGUGUGUGUUUGUGCCUGCUGAGGUCUGACCUGUGCUGUUCUUUAUUAGACCUGUCUGCCUCUGUGUUGGUGACUAACCAGGCUGAAUCCUGCAGUGAAAUCAGCUUGGUUAAGAUAUCUCCUGCUUAUUUAUGGAUGUAUCUGUCCAGCAGAUGGCACAUUUCAGCUGUCAGAUUCAAUUCCCUAAACAGAAAUGACUGGGGAAAUACCCAGAGCAGCUGGGCUGUAAUGGAAGCAUAGAUGUGCUCUAUCCUAUCAGCUGUGGCACUUCCACCUUUACAGUCUCCCUUGGUGAAGGUCUGGCUGCUGCUGUAGGCUGUGUCAGAGCAUCUGUCCCUCUCCCCCGCAUUGGGGCAGCAGUAAGCAAUGCUCAGAGCCUCUCUGAGACGGUUUUGUAUUUAAGAGCUGGCAUUGGGCGGUGUUUGAAUGUGUAAAAUGAACUCUGUAACCUCUGCUGUGUGUACUUCUCAACUCAGUUGCACUGUCGGGUUGUUCUGGUACUUGCAGCAGCGAUGCACUGUUUACAAAUAAAUUCACUUUGCCGGGAGGCUUUGGAGCUUU